UUCUAGUAAAUUUUGUGUAAUGACGCUUGAUAAAACCAAUGAAGUGAAUGAAAAAGAUGAGGAAGUACCAAAGCAGGAUUGGCUUUUGAAGCAAGACCUUUCAAAUUUGGAUCCUUCAAAGUUGACACCCUUAACUGAAGAGGUGAUAAGUCGUCAGGCAACAAUUAAUAUAGGCACAAUUGGACAUGUAGCUCACGGCAAAUCUACUCUUGUCAAAGCAAUUUCUGGUGUUCACACAGUUAAAUUUAAAAAUGAAUUGGAGAGAAAUAUUACCAUUAAACUUGGAUAUGCUAAUGCAAAAAUAUAUAGAUGCUCUAAUCCUGAAUGUCCACGUCCACAUUGUUACAGGUCAGCAGGUUCGAGCACCCCUGAUCGUUUUAAAUGUGAACGGCCAAAUUGUACGGGUGACUAUGUUUGUGUUCGUCAUGUUUCGUUUGUUGAUUGCCCGGGGCACGAUAUUUUAAUGGCUACAAUGUUGAAUGGAGCUGCUGUUAUGGACGCAGCUCUCCUUUUAAUUGCUGGAAACGAAACUUGUCCGCAACCCCAAAGUUGUGAACACUUGGCUGCUGUUGAAAUUAUGCAAUUAAAAAAUUUGAUAAUUUUGCAAAACAAAAUUGAUUUAAUAAAUGAAAAUCAAGCAAAUGAUCAACAUGAACAAAUUAAAUCUUUUGUCAAUGGAACGUGUGCUGAAUCGGCUCCAAUUAUUCCAAUAUCUGCACAGCUGAAAUAUAAUAUUGAUGUUCUUUGUGAGUAUCUUUGUAAAAAAGUUCCAAUUCCUCUUCGUGAUUUUACUUCAGAAGCUAGACUUAUUGUUGUACGCUCUUUUGAUGUAAAUAAACCUGGUGCAGAAGUUGAACAGCUUAAAGGAGGUGUUGCUGGUGGUUCAAUCCUUAAAGGUAUUCUUCGUAUUGGCCAAGAAAUUGAAGUUCGUCCAGGAAUUGUUAGUAAAUUAUCUGAUGGAAAAGUUCAAUGCCGCCCAAUUUAUUCAAAAAUUGUUUCUUUAUUUGCUGAACAAAAUUUGCUUCAAUAUGCAGUUCCUGGUGGUUUAAUUGGUGUUGGAACACAAAUAGAUCCGACACUUUGUCGUGGUGAUAGAUUGGUUGGUCAUGUAUUGGGUGCUGUGGGAACUUUGCCUGAUAUUUAUACGGAUAUUGAGGUUGCCUACUAUUUGUUGCGUCGUUUACUUGGUGUUCGUACUGAAGUAGGCAAAAAAGCUGCAAAGGUAGCAAAAUUGUCUAAAGGUGAAGUACUUAUGGUAAACAUUGGGUCUCUUUCAACGGGUGGACGUGUAACUGCUGUAAAAGGAGAAGCAGCAAAAAUAUCUUUAACUGAUCCAAUAUGUACUGAAAUUAAUCAAAAUAUUGCUUUGAGUAGACGUAUUGAUAAACAUUGGCGUUUAAUUGGUUGGGGAACUAUUAGAAGAGGAACUAAGAUUCCAAUCUAA